CAUGUCGCAGACACAAGAAAAGGGAAAGGAACUUUGGCAAUUUUGUCUGAUAGCAGUUUUUUGUCUGGGGACUAGACAAGAGCAUGAUGAGCGGGUUUCUGUUCGAUCUCAGCCCUCUGAAAGAGCCUCUGGGAUUUAUACGUGUCCUGGAAUGGAUAUUUGCUAUUUUUGCUUUUGCUACAACUGGGGGUUAUUCUGGCUCUACCAGUUUCAACAUCCAGUGCAAGUACAGUGCCAGCAAAGAAAUAAAUGUAAACUUCAGCUAUCCGUUUAGGCUGAAUACCCAGAGUUACAGUGUCCCAGACUGCGAAGUCAACGGAACAGUGUCUAAAACCAAACAACUGACUGGAGAUUAUUCAUCUUCCGCUGAGUUUUUUGUAGCUAUUGGAGUUCUGGCUUUCCUGUACAGCACAGCUACUCUUGUGUUGUAUCUGGGUUACCAGCACGUCUACCGUGAAUCUCCUCGUGGCCCCAACAUUGAUCUACUGUUAACUGGGAUCUUCGCUUUUCUCUGGCUGGUGUGUUCAUCUGCAUGGGGAAAAGGCCUCACAGAUGUGAAAUUGUCAACCAGGCCAAAUACACUUGUGUCUCUAAAUGACAUAUGUAAGAAAACAGGAAACAAUUGCACUGCUGGGCACAUCCCCUUAAUGGGCCGCCUCAAUUCCUCCGUGAUCUUUGGAUUCCUCAACCUUAUCCUGUGGGGAGGAAAUUGCUGGUUUCUUUACAAGGAGACGCCAUUACACAAGUCAGCCAAUCAGCAAGCAGGAGCACCACAGUCAUAAUUAAACAGCAGGUCACAUCCACAUUCAUCAAGCAGGUGUUGUUUCAGGAUUAAAGUGGUGCUAUAUAGCACCCGGUCGACUGAUGUUAUGAAUCUACCUGACUUGACCUGUGUCACAAAUCCACCAAAGGUCCUCGUCUAUAGAAUAUCUCCAUUAUAUUCGGAUAUGGUCAAAUUUAGAUGUGCAUUUUACACAAUACAGCAAAGCUGUAUACUAAAAAAGGUACAAGAGCACCUUAGCAAAUAAACUGUUUGUAUCAUUAAAAAGUUACAUUUCAUCUCUUUACUGUUACUGUCAUGUUUCUCAUGGCAUUUGACCUUGUUACAUGAACAAAAUGUACUGAAUGUUUUUGACUCCUGUUUACUGAAGUAUUCUUUUUUAAAUUUGAUUUAUAACUUGAAUUUGCUGUUCUGAUGUUCCCUGAUGCUGUUGUGUUUAGUUAGUUUUAGUUAAUAUCAUCUCAGCUAACUUUUCCACUGUGCUUCUUGUGGUUGAAAUGGCCAUAUGAACUGUGUGCCUUAUAACUUAGUUAGCCUAUAUUUAGUAAAUGUUUACAUCAUAUCAGGCACGACUGAUGAUAAAAAUGACUGUUUUUGUUUGUUUAACAACGCUGGAGGCCUUAAAUAAAUAAUCAGGAUUUGUUUUUAUUGUGCAUAUUGUUUUUUGGCCCACGUGUUCUUCUAAUUUCUAAUUGGUAAAUGACCGAUGAAAAUUAAUUUCUAAUUCUAAUUGACUUAAAUAGGCUACAAAGGCAAAGCACAUUCUUAGCCAAAAUGUAAUCUCUUUAUUAUCUUAAUGCUCACAGUGUCAGCCUGCUAUUGUGAACAACAACUGUUGGUGAAUUGUGUGGAUGUUUUUAUUAAAAAAA